AUGGCGGAUACUCAGGAAGAGUUCCUGCGGCAGCUAUCCAGUGCAGUCCCUCCUGCAGGAGCUGGGGACUGUUGCGAAGCAUUAAAUGCAGCGGCUUCAGAUGUUGUACUUCGCCGCUUUAGUAUCCAGAGUCUCAGGAGUCGACGCAGCUCCGUAGACAAACGCUCAGCUAGUUGCAUGGACGGCAUGGAAGACGCAGCUCUUGCGCGGAGCGAAGGCAUGACUCCACCAGAGUCCGAUGAGCAGAACCCGACCUAUGAACGUCUCAAAGACUUGCCUUUCUGCCCACCUGUCACCAUCACUUUUACAGAUGUGUCAUUGAAGGUAAACGUACCCAAGAGGUUCACUGGAGCUCUUUCCUUGCCGGUUUUAAACCAGAUAGCCAGCGCCGUGACACCGCCUCAGACGAAGACUCUCCUUCAGGGAGUUGGCGGGACAGUCAAACCGGGCGAAAUGGUUGCUUUAAUGGGCGCCAGCGGUGCAGGGAAGUCGACUCUCCUCAACGUUCUAAGCCGCCGUAUCGUGAGCAAUGGAGGUUCUGUAUUGUUCAACGGCAAGCCGCUGGGGUCGGCUGAGGUGAAGCGAUUAUGCUGUUUCAUACAACAAAGUGACAGCUUCUAUGGAUUUCUAACAGUGCAGGAGCAUCUGGACUGCGUGGCGAGACUACGGACUGGACAGAAAAAAGAGCAAAGGUCGAAGCUGGUUGAUCGUCUGGUGGAGCUCUACGGGUUGACAAAAGUCAAAGACUCUAGAAUAGGCAAUCUCCAAAUGGCAGCAAAGAGAGGCAUUAGUGGGGGGGAAAAGAAGCGCUUAAAUAUCGCUACGGAAAUGAUGACAAAUCCAUCAGUUAUAUUUGCCGACGAACCAACCACCGGACUGGACUCCUUUAUAGCUGAAAACGUUAUGAACAUUUUCAGAUUGUUGGCUGAUCGAGGGAGAACCAUUAUAUGCACAAUUCAUCAGCCGAGUUCAAACAUUUUCAACAUGUUUACAAAAGUGCUCUUGCUGAGCCGGGGCCGUUUGGUCUUCUACGGGGACCGCGAGGCAACUCUGCUGUACUUCUCGCGUCUAGGCCGACCCUGCCCGCCGUUCACGAGUGUGCCGGAGUUCCUCCUUGAACUUCUUGUAAAGCAGCAACUAAACCUGGGUGAACCUUCGGAAGAUUUAAGCGACUUAACACCUGAGAAGUACGAAUGA